AUGUCACAAAAACUUCGGGUGGUUUUUAAUUUAAGUAAGGCUCAGUGGAUGUGCACUGCUCUAAACCCACAACGUCAAUCCAUGCUGGAAAUAACUCCAGACAAAGGAAACUCGAGCUUUGCCCUGCUCAACUGGAACCGCUCAUUACACGAGCAGGAGAGACGGAAGACGGCAACUCCCAGUUUGGCUCCCCCUUCCCACCGCUGGAGGAGCUCCUACGUGGCACUGUGGGGGCUUGGAGCUCCUCUGCACAGCCCAAUCCGCUUGGAAAUCACUGGAGAGCAGCAGGAAUCCCCCCCAGCAAUUCAGAUCAGCCUGAUUUCCAGAACACUGGCCCUGGACAAAACCGUUCACAGUCAAGAUGAAGCUCUCCCCGUGUUCCUGGCUGGGCUCAGGCAGGGGCAGCUCCAGGCGCGGCGGGAGGAGGGAACGCGCAUCCCCCCACAUCCCGACCCCCCUUCGGCAGCGCGGGGCCGGCAUUCCUGCCAUUGGCGGCAGGCAGAGAGAGAUCUGGGACGGAUCCUCCCCUUCCUCUCCCUCCCAAGCAUUUUUGAGAGGGUUUUCCCAACUUUCCAGAAGUUUCUCCCCAGCCCCUUAUAUACCCCCUCCGCGGGACCGGGAGGUGCACAGGGAGCCGAGCAAAGCCGUGUCCCGACUCCGCAGGUAAGGGGGGAGGGGGGGCAGGUGCUGGGUGCUGCUGAAGCCAUGUGGAUUAUGGUGGGGCUGGCCCUCCUGGGCCUUGCUGCGGCCGUGCCCUCGGAGGACAGGAAGCUGAGUGACAAGGCCACCACGCUGGCCGAGCGCAGCACCACACUGGCCUUCAACCUCUACCACGCCAUGGCCAAAGACAAGGACAUGGAGAACAUCCUGCUGUCCCCCGUGGUGGUGGCCUCAUCCCUCGGGCUGGUGUCCCUCGGGGGCAAGGCCACGACAGCGUCGCAGGCUAAGGCGGUGCUGAGUGCAGACAAGUUGAACGACGACUACGUGCACAGCGGGCUCUCCGAGCUGCUCAGCGAGGUCAGCAACAACACCGCCCGCAACGUCACCUGGAAGAUCGGCAGCCGCCUCUACGGCCCCGCCUCCAUCACCUUUGCCGAGGACUUUGUGAAGAACAGCAAGAAGCACUACAACUACGAGCACUCCAAGAUCAACUUCCGCGACAAGAGGAGUGCCCUCAAGUCCAUCAAUGAGUGGGCAGCGCAGACCACAGAUGGCAAACUCCCGGAGGUCACCAAAGAUGUGGAGAAAACUGAUGGGGCCCUCAUUGUCAACGCCAUGUUCUUCAAGCCUCACUGGGAUGAGAAAUUCCAUCAUAAGAUGGUGGACAACCGUGGCUUCAUGGUGACCCGUUCCUACACAGUGGGAGUGCCCAUGAUGCACCGCACAGGUCUCUACAAUUACUACGAUGAUGAGACAGAGAAGCUCCAGGUGGUAGAGAUGCCACUGGCUCACAAGCUCUCCAGCAUGAUCUUCAUCAUGCCAAACCACGUGGAGCCUCUGGAGAGGGUGGAGAAACUGCUGAACAAGGAGCAGCUCAAGACCUGGACUAGCAAGAUGAAGAAGAGAUCAGUGGCCAUCUCGCUGCCAAAAGUCAUCCUGGAAGUCAGCCACGACCUUCAGAAACACUUGGGUGGUCUGGGCCUGACAGAAGCCAUUGACAAAACGAAGGCUGACUUGUCCAAGAUCUCUGGCAAGAAAGACCUUUACCUGUCCAACGUGUUCCAUGCCGCGGCUCUGGAAUGGGACACAGAAGGGAACCCCUAUGACGCUGACAUCUAUGGCCGAGAGGAGAUGAGGAACCCCAAACUCUUCUAUGCUGACCACCCCUUCAUCUUUAUGAUCAAGGACACUAAAACCAACUCCAUCCUCUUCAUUGGCAGGCUCGUGAGGCCCAAAGGCGACAAGAUGCGUGACGAGUUGUAG